AAAAAAGUUUCGGCAUUAUUUAAAAGUGAUUUAAAAGAAAAUUUACAUAUAAAAACAGGAGAUUAAGUAUGUAUCGACUACUUAUACUAGCAUUUUUGGGUGCGUGCAGUGCUGCACCCUUAAGCUCACCAUGUACCUUAGAAGAAAUUCGUCAACCCAUGACAGAUUUCUAUAAUCUUGUGGAUAAAAUGCAAUCACCACAUAGCAAUAAAGAGAAAAAAUUAGAAGAAAUUCGAGCAAUAAUUAACCAAGUAGGCAAUCAUUAUAAUCACGUCAAUGCCACUUGUGGAGACGAGAAAAUUGUGGGCAUGGAGACAGUCAAAAGCUUUGGCAACGAUAUUGAAAAGAUUUAUGAUAUAAUGUUGAACCUUGAAUCCAAAGACUUGAACAAAGCGAAAGAUUUAUUUGAAAGCAUACAUUGCCGACACAUACUGCAUUUUUUUAUAACUCAAAUAGAAUUUUUGAUGGGAUGGCUUGAUGAAAUCAUAGAAGUCACAGAGCUAAUGAACGAUAUGAAAGUUGUCAAUAAAAUGCAUGCGGGCAUCGUUUAUACAUUGAAUGACACAAAUAUCGAUUAUGGUAAAUUGCUUGUACCAGUUUUGAAAGAACACUUGACUAAAAACGUAGAUAAUGCUGAUAAAGAAGUAUUCAAGAAUGCUAAACUGAAUUUACAAAAGUUAGUUGAAAGAACAGCUCAUCGUUAUUCUGAUGCACUUUCUGUAUUAAACGAGUUUGAUAGCAGAUUAGCAGAGGAAACAAUUCAAGAUAUUGUUAAACAUGUAUUCACUAAUAAUAUUUACUGCAAGUCAUAUGACAUUAUUGCUGAAGCACCUACACUUCGAUUGAAAGCUGUGGGAUUAAAAGCUCUGCACGAAAAAAUUAACUCUUUAAAUUUGCAAAAUAGUCUUGUAGCAGCAAAGCUUUAUGUUUUGGCUGAUAUUAUCAAAAGAAGUGAACAGAGUAAUGAGGAUAUUGAAAUUACUGAAAUUUUUAACAGUAUUUUAAAAAAUCAAACAAAAUUUAACAAAAAAUUAAUUAAAGGUUAUUCUUGUCGCACAUUAGAAGAAGUAGAAGCCUAUAUAUCAGAAGAAGACGUUGUUGCUGCAGCACAUAAUGGUCAUUUUGUAUUUCAAGAUACAGAAAUUUCAACGAACAUAGAUCGUACAUUCACAGCUAAAGAAAACGGAAAAUUAUUGAUGAUCAAUGUGGAAAUUUUGUUCGAGUUGAAAAAUAGAAAGUAUUCAGUUAUAUUAGAAAAUGAUGACUAUCCAGAAAAUAUCAGUCUACCAGGAACUAUUGUUUCAAAACAAGUAAUAGAUGACGUAGAACUUCCUUUCAAAGACAUUUGCAAAAUGAAUCCGACACCUGAAUAUUACACAUGUAUUUCGAUGUACCAAUUUUUAUCUUAUCCAUACGAUAAAGGUAUUGCUGAAAGAAAGGAAGGAUAUAAAAAAUUGAAAAAUACGAUUGAAUCUUGUAAUCUUGACUAAAUUAAAGUAAUAUUAAUGUGAGUGUAUAUAUAUAUUU